AUGAUCGUCUCAGGACCAAGAACAUAUGCACAAGGUACCUGGUUACCAGCACCGCAGAGCCAUGACGCGAUUCCAGUCGCUACCGGUAACAGUGGCAUUGUCCAUGUUUGGGUCUGCGUCGAUAGGAACAACAGGAUCCUCGAUCGAGUCGUCGUCAAGCAGACAGUUCCUGGCAUCGCUAGCUACAACGAUCCAAACAACUGGGUAAAUUUACAGGUUGGCGGAGAACCGAUGGAAAGUCUUAUCGCAAACGCCAUUGCCGGAGAGUUGUGGAGCAACAAUCAUGGCGACGAGAAGUUCGUUGCUGAAUGCUUAGGUUGGGGCGACUGUCAAUACCAGCCACCCGACUUGCCACAGUACAAGCUGUACUAUGAGUACCUGUUUGGCAAUCUCCCCGAGUGUAUUGAAUCUCAGUGGCGAACAUCAAAAUUGGUCCGGCGGCCUGGACGCCAAAGAAGAACGAGAGUAGUGCAGGAACAGGAACCUUUUCCUGAAGGAUUCUUGUGGGCUCUCUUCGAAGCACUCGCCAAAGUUGCUGUGGCCAUGGAUGGUCAGGGUAUUGUGCAUGGGGAUAUGCAAUCUGGCAACAUCUUCUUCGGUCAGCCCGAUCCCAAUCACUUCGCAAUCUGGCCAGUACCUAAGUUAGGAGAUUUUGGCAGUGCCCGGACGCUCAAUCAUCCCGGAGGUCAGCUGGACAGGUACUUCAUGGGACCAUAUGCAGAGACCUUUGCUGCACCAGAGAUGGACUACAAUCGGCAGACGCAACAAUACACUGUGCAGUUCUUCAACCACUGGGACCCCAAUCUACCCCCGUCAGCUCCAGGAGCAAGGCCAGGAGGAUAUGUUCAAAGACCUGCUGUGCUUUCUUCCAAGACAAACAUAUGGCAGAUUGGACUGCUUAUGUUGUGUGCGAUUCGCCUUGAGCCCGAGUUGCUUGAAACGCAAUGGCGAGUCCAACCUCCUAACUACCCUAUGCCUCUUCACCAGGCCAUGGGUUUCAGGCCUCUCAUGGCGUCCCAGCCCAUGAAGAUGAGACUUGACGACCCCAAAUCGAGAAGAUACAGCAGACAACUACUGACACUGGUCAAGAAGUGCUUGGUGUUCGAUCCAGACGCCAGAAUCUCACCGCAACAACUGCUUCAAGAAGUACAAGCCAAGAUGAUCGGCAGGGAUGAUGGUAUGAUGACAGCUAGGGGACGAUUCCCGCAUAACCAUCCUCUCAAGCUCAGGAUGAGUCUCACAGACAAAUACAAGGUUGGGAAGAAGCCUUACAAACGGCGAAAGGUUGCAUAG